AUGGCGCCCUCGUAUCCCAAGAAGAAGUGCGCUGUGCUCGGUGCCACCGGCUCUGUUGGCCAGCGCUUCAUUCUGCUGCUGUCUGACCACCCUUUCCUGGAGCUCCAUGCUGUUGGUGCCUCGGAGCGUUCCCUUGGAAAGAAGUACAAGGAUGCCGUCCGGUGGAAGCAGUCCUCUCCUAUGUCGGAAAGUCUCAGCAACCUUGUUCUGCGCGAAUGCAGCGCCGAGCAGUUCAAGGACUGUGACCUUGUCUUCUCCGGAUUGAACAGUGACAUCGCCGGCGAGACCGAGAUGGCAUUUAUCAAGGCGGAGAUCCCUGUCUUCUCCAACGCAAAGAACUAUCGCAAGGACCCCAUCGUCCCCUUGGUCGUGCCCACUGUCAACCCCCAGCACUUGGAUCUCAUUCCUCAUCAGCGCAAGCACUUUGGCUUAAAAAAGGGUUUCCUGGUUUGCAACUCUAAUUGCGCCGUCAUUGGUGUUGUCAUUCCUUUUGCUGCCCUUCAGGCCAAGUUCGGCCACGUCUCAGAAGUCGAGGUGUUCACCGAGCAGGCUAUCUCGGGAGCUGGCUACCCCGGUGUUCCCAGUUUGGACAUCGUCGACAACGUCAUUCCCUACAUCAGUGGCGAGGAGGACAAGCUCGAGAAUGAGGCCCAGAAGAUUCUGGGCAACUUGAACUCCGAUGCCACUGCCUUCGACGAGCAGACCGGUCUCAGCAUCGGCGCUACUUGCACCCGUGUCGGUGUCACUGACGGCCACAUGGCUUUCGUUUCUCUUCGUUUCAAGAACCGUGAACAGGUUCCCAGCGCCGAGCAGGUCGUUGAGGCCCUUCGAGAGUACCAAUCCGAGGCUCAGAAGCUCGGCUGUCCCUCUGCACCCCCGAUGGCCAUCAAGGUAUUCGAUGAGCCUGACCGUCCGCAGCCCCGCCUGGACCGCGACAUCUCCGGUGGUUAUACCGUGAGUGUUGGACGUGUUCGUGAGGGUGCCAAGGGUGGUCACUUCGAUAUCCGUUUCGCUGCUCUCUCUCACAACACCGUCAUUGGUGCCGCCGGAUCAUCCAUCCUCAACGCCGAGGUGGCGGUCAUCAAGGGUUACAUCUAA